CUGCUUAGCUUCUGAGAGCUGACAAGGUCAGGCUAGCGUGUGGCUCUAUUUCAGAAGGUCCCAUUCUGAGAAGAUAAGAGUCACUGGAAAAGGCAGUCAUGCUAUCAAAAGCUGAAGGCAGGAGGACAAGAGGAAGACCCAACAUGGGAUGGAUUGACUCAACCAAGGAAGUCACAUAGCCCACAGUUAGCAAGACCUGAACAAGACUGUUAAUGAUAGGAUGUUUUGGAAGCAGUUGAUUCAUACAGUCGCCGGGCACUGAACACACACAUUUAACAAGGGGCCAGAGGGUUACAUCAGUGGCCAACACUGGUCUGGAUCGUAUCAGUGGUCCAUCCUUCUCAGAGGGAAGGGAGCAAUUCUUACAAUUUUUUAAGAAAGUAGAGAGGAAGUUCUGUAGGCACAACUGUCUUGGACAAGGAGUAGACCAUGCUGAACAUCCCUUUCAGGGUCAAGGUGGUCCAUGUGGUACUUGAUGUUUUUGGGAUGAGGCCAAUUAUCACACUAUCCAUUCCAGGCCCUGGUUGGGGCCAGAAACUGCCUGAUGGAUGCAAUGAAGGUAACCCUGAUAUUUCUUCUGGACCUCUUAGCCUUUGACAAGAACAUAAGAUUGGCCACACCAGACCCGACCAAUGGUCCAUCUAGUCCAUUCAUGAUUCUACCUGUGGUCGGACAGAUGUCGCAAGGAAGCCUACAAACAGGACCCCCUGACAGCAUCCCCCACCCCAUAAUCUGCCUGAAAAUGUUAACUAUCCAUCUGAGAUGGGUGAGGGGCAGGCCUUCCAUUGGGCUUUGCUCCUGUCUCCUAGAUGUUUGCCAGAAGGUGGUACCAGAGGACACUGUCCUGUCUCCUAGAUAUUUCCCAGAAGGUGGUACCAGAGGACACUGUCAUUCCUCAACCACCUCCACCCCUUGCUGUUAACACCUACAAGAAGCUGCUUGGAGAGGUGCUUGAAAACUGCCUCCACUACAACUGCUUCCAAGGACCUGCUGAACUGUCCAUGUCCUGCUUCCCAGACUUGCCCUGAUUGCAACCUGGCAGCUGCGGUGUUGCCCUGCUUCGAAGGAUAUAAAAUGUACCAGAGCUUAGCUCUUGCCCCUAACCCCGGCCAGUCGGCAUACUCCCAUGACUCGAGCAACUUCCUGCAUUCGCCACCCAGCCCGGCUGUCUACGUGCCCACUAGCCGGGUCCCCUCCAUGCUGCAGAGCCUGCCUUACCUGCAGAGUUGUGAACCGGCCCACCAGAGCCAUCCCCUGAGCGGCCACACGGGGUGGGCACAGGCAGCCGGCGCUGAUGCAUCCCACUUCAAUGCCAGCAGCCCUCACCCACCGUCGGGCUUCCCCUACUCGCACAGUCCCCCGGGCGGUGGCAGCGCCGGACGAGACGGGGGCUACCAGAGCCCGCUGUUGCUGAGUGCCGGAGGACGUGACCAGUACGGCAACGCUCUGAUGCGCUCGGUCAAUGGAUCCUACUCCAGUCCUUACCCGGGGGCCUACGUUGGCCCUGCAGAGAUGCCGCCAUCUUGGACGGCAGGGCACUUUGAAAGCAGUGUCUUGCACAGCCUCCAGACGCGGCCGGGGACCUUGCCUGGGAGGAGACCCACAUUUGAGUUCUUGGAAGAAUUCCCAGGCGAUGGCAGAGAAUGCGUCAACUGCGGGGCAAUGUCCACCCCCCUCUGGAGGAAGGAUGGCACCGGGCAUUACCUGUGUAAUGCCUGUGGGCUGUAUCACAAAAUGAACGGCAUGAACCGGCCCCUCAUCAAACCGCAGAAAAGGCUGUCCUCCUCAAGACGCGCGGGACUCUGUUGCACGAACUGUCAUACUACUAAUACGACGCUCUGGAGACGAAAUGCAGAAGGAGAGCCCGUAUGCAACGCGUGUGGAUUAUACAUGAAACUCCAUGGGGUGCCGAGGCCCCUGGCUAUGAAGAAAGAAAGCAUCCAGACAAGGAAGAGGAAACCUAAAAAUAUUACCAAAGGCAAAUCUUCAACAGGGUCCACAACUUCAACCACCAAUUCCCCUUCUUCCGUCACAAACUCCGAAAGCACCGUCACUUUAAAAACGGAACCCACUGUGACAUCACAAUAUCCGGGACCAUCUCUAGUGUCCACUUCCCAGGGUCCAAGCCCGUCUGAAGACGCCCUGGUUGACGGUCAUCAGUUCAAGUAUGAACCAGAGGAUUAUGCCUUUUCUUCAGCCCCGGUGCCGCAGCAGUCAGGACUAAGCGUCUCUCUGCGCCAAGACUCAUGGUGUGCCAUGGCGCUGGCCUAACAAAAGGUCUUCCAUUUUGAAAGAAGCGUGCUUCAGAACAAGCUUUGAAUUUUCUGUUUAGGAUACCGGUGGAUGGCCAGCAAAUGGGAUCUCCUGCCUUUUGUCUUUUGAGUCUAUAAUCAACACAGUCCAAUUUUUUUAAAGACAAAUUUGUUUUUCUCUCCCUUGACGGAAGACACAUCACACAGAUAUCAACUGAGCACGGCACGACACCUUCUUCGUGACCCAACUGUCUUGGUACUUGAUUUGCUCCAAGUUUUAACUCACUGGUGGUAAACGGGAGGAAUGGGGACUUCUGUGGUUGGGAGGGAGGUUUCUCUCUUCCCCGUGAUGCAAUCGAAAGAAAUAAAGUUCAGAAUCUGUUUUAUUCGUGCUGAUUUCGCCCUCUCCCCCUUUCGCGGCUCCCCUAUGUGCAAUUUUAAUCCCCUUCCCAAUAAAGACUAUGAUAGAACGUGGCACCAAGUAACUUAAUUUUAUUAAAAUGUAAACGGGGUUGCCUUCCUGAUGCUUGUUGGUGACGGUUGGGUAAAAAGGAGAGGAAACCCCAAUUGUUGUUUUUAAAUUUUGUUGUUGUAUAUUAAAAAUCCUCCUAAUACUGUG